UUGUGUGAGUUCAGUUUCUUUCUUUCGCCAUCUGCCCAGGAACAGUCUGAAGUGCCACUCCUUCGAACCUGAUCUCACAUUUGUGAAACAUGAAUAAACAGGAAAAACCACUGUCAACACUGUGGGGUUGUGAACUCAGCGAGUCAAAGAAAGAGGAAACAUUCAAAACAGAUGACACAAACCACCAACAUCAACUCGCCCUGAGAACUAUGUGUCUGGGCGCAGGCGCCAAAGAAGAGUUUAACAUUGUGGCGUUGAUUACCGGAGAACCAGAUAACGGGAAGGGCAUACCCAUGGCAACCCUGCACGCCAACGGCAUGCCCACGGUCAAUCUGUCUGGGAUAGACCUCCACCCUCCUGUAACCUUCCGGCUGAAGAGUGGCGCCGGACCUGUCUACAUCUGUGGGGAACACGUGGCCUUGGAGGAUGACUUCUCAGGAAUGGAGAGUGGUGAUGAGAUGGAUGAUGAGGUGGAAGAGGAAGAAGAGGAGGAGGAAGAUAUUGAGUCUCCUGUGAAGCCUGCUAAGAAAACACCUGCCAAGAAUGCAAAUGCUGCAGGAAAAAGAAAGAAGCCAGAGGAAGCAGAUGAGUAA